GUUCGUACUUUAUAAAAAUGAUGGUUCUGUCUUUGCAGACUUCUAAGAGCUAUCAACACUGAUACCAUCCAUCCAUUUUCCAAACCGCUUAUCCUAUUGGGUUGCGGGGGGUCCGGAGCCUAUCCCGGAAGCAAUGAGCAUGAGGCAGGGAACAGCACUGAUACCAUAAUUUUCUAAUUGUUUCAUUUAAAGCAAUAUUUUAUUUGUUUUUUUUUAGCUAAAUUAUUGUAUACUUUACUGGUUUAUACAGCUUAAUAUCAUAUGGGAGGAUUUUACCUUCUGAAAGGUCCAUCUGAAACAACCUCCUUUACACUGUAUAUAGUGUGAGAGCCGAUGCCAAUGCAUGCACUACUGAAAAAAGACACUGACUUUGCCUCUGAAUGGGAAGUAACUUGACUUUAAUGUCAGAAAACUAGUUUAUACAUCUCAUAUGCUUUAUAAUGCAUUUAUAUGCAUUGUAAAGCAGUCAUUUAAGAUUGAAAUUGAUGUUUUAGUUUCACUGUCUCAGUUCCCAUUAACUCUGAUUAUGCCAUAUUUUGUUUGUUCGUUUGGAUGCGACCUUGCAUGUUUCAUAAACAUGGAGCCACAUUAUCCUCUGUGAAUCAUUGAGUGUCAUUUCUGAUGUUCAGAGCUGUUGGCUGAUGAAAUAAGACACUUUUAAUGCAAACCCAUCCCUAGGUAUGACCUAUCUGUUUAUUCUCUCUCUUUUAUUUAAUCCUUUAUUCUGGUCUAGCUAUUAACUGCUCAUUACUCUUACUGUCAUUUUCACAAUAGUACAAAAUAACUGACCUAAUGCAGAUGCAGUAUGUGAUAAACGAUCAGUCCCACAUAUCCCACACUUACUUAUUCUUGCUAGCAGAGCCAUAGUCCUUCUGAAUGUGGUAUUCUCAUUUUCCGUAUUUAUAUCUUUGCUGGACUUUCUACGUUUGUACAUAUUCUGCUGUAUAAAUAUGUACUUUAGGAAAUUUAGGAAAAAUAACUUGAUAAUCCAUCCAUCCAUCCAUCCAUUUUCCAAACCGCUUAUCCUAAUGGGUCGCGGGGGGUCCGGAGCCUAUCCCGGAAGCAAUGGGCACGAGGCAGGGAACAACCCAGGAUGGGGGCCCAACCCAUCGCAGGGCAGACUCACACACCAUUCUAACUUGAUAAUGAAUUGUUUAAUUAGCAUAUGUAUAUACUUUUCUCAGUGAAUGGUGUUUGGAUAUGUCCCUGCAUGUUUGCCUUCACGAAGUAUAAUAAUUAUUACAUUUACGAUAAAUAAUUCCCACCAAUUAUGUAUCUAUACCCAUAAGUGUAUGUUCACUUAGAAUUAAUAGAUAAAUAGAAUCACCAUGUUUUAUAAUGUAGGGACUCUAUAAAGGUGGAUGUGAUUUCACUGGCAUUAAGCACUAGAAAAUAUAUAUAUUUUUAUUAUAUUAACAACAUCAGUUUGUCUGUCCUGUUUCUAAAAAAUAAGAAGGGGCAUAUUGCGGUUUGCAUACAUAUUUUUGAUUAAAAUAUGUUUGUUGCGCGCGGCGACGUGUGACGUAUAGAAAAAAAACUGAUGUAUCGUGAAGGGAAGUGGUCAGCUUUCUAUAAAUACCAGAUGAUUGUGAAACGCCGUCAGUCUUUCAGAAGACUCGGGAGAAGAUUUCCCCGCAGCUCUCCGCCGCCUUGCAGCCGCCUUGCACCCGCCAUGCCGGACUCCGCAUUAGCGCUGCUCAUGCUCACCCUCCUCACUCUGUCCUCCGCCUGUUACAUCCAGAACUGCCCGCGAGGUGGGAAGCGCUCCUUCCCAGACCCAGACCUCAGACAGUGUUCGACAUGUGGCCCCGGGGCCAGGGGCCGCUGCUUUGGCCCCAGCAUCUGCUGUGGGGAGGGGAUGGGCUGCUACGUCGGCUCCCCAGAGACUGUGCGCUGUCUGGAGGAGAACUACCUGCAGUCUCCCUGUGAGGCUGGAGGGAAGGUGUGUGGGGCUGAGGGCGGACGCUGCGCCGCCCCGGGCGUCUGCUGUGAUACAGACGGUUGCGCGUUAGAUCCAGAUUGCCUGGGGGACAUGAGACAGCAGCCUUCUCCCGAGGAGAACUCCCUCUCAAUGGGAGGCGCACCUGAAGAACUGCUGCUGCGUCUGCUGCACAUGACCAGUAGGGGGCAGAGUCCGUAUUGAUGUUCCAUGCGUGGAAACGGAAGACUUACGGUCGCAAGAAACAAUUAACACCAUAUUUCAACAUCGCCUAAACAUCGUUUAUACAUAUAUAUAUUUUAAAACAACUUUCCUUUCUGAAAAUUAACAAGGGCCGUCGUGAGUUUGGCUACUGAAACGUGAUAAUUUACCUUGGGUAACCCUCCACUGACCAGUUGGUGGGGGCGCUGACUUUGUUGUAUUUUUUUCCAAGGAAACAGAAAUAUCUGACUGAAUAAAUAUAUAUUAAAAGUUCUGCAAUCCAG